AGAGAAUAUGAGAUAAAGUUCAAUAAGUUUAUCAAGUCAAUUGUCACCCUCUUUAACUUUCAAUUUUGUUAUUUUUAUACAUUUUCAAAAUUUUAAACUCGCGAGGAAAGCUAAUUGUGAUUUGUGAAGGUCAAGACAUUCCUAGGUGAAUUUUGGUCAGUUGCAAUUGACAGAACCAAACGCCGUCGUUUCCCCUGCACCACCGCCACCAAUCCACCUAUCUCCGCCGCACACACAGAAGAAACACACCAUGGCUACCAGCAUGGGCCCUCCGCCUCCUAAAAAUCUCACCGCUGACGAUGCCGCCGCCGAGCCUUCAAUAUCCGAACCAACGAACAGCUCGGCGAUGGCGCCGCCUCUACCUAGAAACCCGAUUCCUUCCGAACCGGAACCCGCCGCCGAGCCAUCCCAAGACCGCCAAGCGGAAGCCGAAUUAAACCCUCCCAGCAGUGUUACUCCAGGAGAUUCCGAUCAAGUUUCUAAUUCCAGCGAGAAUUCGAGUAAUGGCGCCUCUGCUAACGGCGAAAGCAAACAGGAGCAGCUGAAUGCUAAUUUGGCGGCGCCGUACAAGAUUCCUCCGUGGAGCGGCCCCCCUGGCCAUGAGUUCUUUCUCGAAGUCCUCAAAGAUGGCGCCAUCAUCACUCGAUAUGAUGUAAACGAGAAGGGGGCUUACAUGUUUGGGCGUGUAGAUAUUUGUGAUUUUGUGCUCGAGCAUCCUACUAUUUCUCGGUUUCAUGCCGUUCUUCAGUUCAAGAGCGACGGAGGUGCAUACCUCUAUGAUCUUGGCAGUACACAUGGGACAUUUAUAAACAAGAACCAGGUAAAGAAAAGGAUCUAUGUGGAUUUGCACGUUGGUGAUGUCCUCCGGUUUGGCCACUCAUCUAGGCUGUACAUAUUUCAAGGACCAUCUGAAUUGAUGCCUCCAGAAGCUGAUUUGAAGAGGCUAAGGAAAGCAAAGAUCCAACAAGAAACAAAAGACAUGGAAGCAUCACUUUUGCGUGCAAAAAUAGAGGCAUCUCGUGCUGAUGGGAUUUCUUGGGGCAUGGGUGAAGAUGCAGUUGAGGAAUUGGAGGAUGAAGUUGAAGAAAUAACUUGGCAAACUUACAAGGGCCAACUCACUGAGAAGCAGGAAAAAACUCGAGAUAAAGUUAUUAAGAGACUUGAAAAGAUAGCUCACAUGAAGAAAGAGAUUGAUGCUAUUCGAGCAAAGGAUAUUGCUCAAGGUGGCUUGACACAAGGACAACAAACUCAGAUUGCUAGAAAUGAGCAAAGGAUGUCACAGAUAAUGGAAGAGCUUGAGAACUUGGAAGAGACUUUGAAUGAAAGUAUUCGAGAAAGUUUAGGUGCAAGAGCUGGAAAGCUGCCUCGUGGUAAGCACAAAGGGCCCAUGGGAGAUGAUGAAGAAGAUUAUACGAGUGACGAUGAUGAAUUCUAUGAUCGGACACAGAAGUCCUCAAAACCCAAGAAUGGUGAAAGUCAAUCAGUGGAAACUGCUGAUUCUCUUCUUGAUAAGAAAGAUGCUCUGGUUAAACAGAUAGAAGAUAAGGAAAAAUUACUUGUGGAUGAGGAGAAAUCAGCAGAGGCGAAUGAGAUUGCUGAAGCUAGAGACGCACUUGAUGCAUACAUGUCUGCAGUGUCAUCUCAGUUGGUUUCGGAUAAAAAAGGAAAAAUCCAGAAAGAGUUGUCUACUCUCAAAUCUGAGUUGGAUAGGAUUGUUUACUUGCUGAGAAUAGCAGAUCCAACCGGAGAAGCAUUGAGGAAAAGAGAAUCCAAAGAAGAGAAGCCUAAGACGAUCAUUGAGAAGCCUGCUUCACAUGCAGGCAGUAAAUCUGCACCUGAAAAGAAUCAAAAGAUCGACCCUUCGGCAGAAAAGACUAAAACUUGUGUACCCGAGGCUUCACUGGUUAAAUCAAUGGAAGAAAAAGCCACAGUUGAGGCAAAAUCAGACCCCGACACUACGAUGAAUGAACCAGAAUCAAUAAACGAUCAGAGUACUUCUACUGCAUAUACUGUUGCUAAGCCUCAAUGGCUUGGUGCUGUGGAGGAUAUAAAAAAGCAAGAACCUACGUUGAAGCCAGCAGAAAUGCAGGAGAGCGACGAGUUUGUAGACUACAAAGAUAGGACAUCUAUUCUGAACAAUCCAGAUUCUACUGGGGGGAUAGAAGAUGCAGCACCUGGUCUAAUCAUAAGGAAGCGGAAGCAAGUUGGUCCGUCCAAGGGGAGUGAUGCCGUAGAUUCUGAAACAACUGCCGCUUCCCAUUUCAAGGCAGAAGACGCCGUGGCCUUGCUGCUCAAACACUCAAAAGGAUACCAUGCAGCAGAUGAUGAAGAUGGAGCUGUGAGUGAAGAUGUUGUACCUGAAAAUCAAGAGAAAGAAAAGAAGGGCACGAAGAAGAAGAAGAAGAGAGUGCUAGGUCCGGAGAAGCCAUCAUUUCUCGACGAACCAGAGUACAGUGCUUGGGUGCCACCUGAAGGUCAAUCAGGCGACGGACGGACCUCCCUGAAUGAUCGUUUCGGUUACUAACGCAACUGCAUAUUGGUGUCGGCUUUAUUCGUUACAAGUGACGAUGCUGUCCCAUGGCAGUAAUUGGCUGAGGUUUAGCAUUUUAUUGCUCACUUUAGCCUUUUUUUGUCAUUCUAAUCCAACAUCUUCAACCUACUAAAUGUACCUGAUUAUACGUAAAGCAUAGUUGAAAUUUAGGACAUCACUAAUGUGUUCCGAUUGCCAAAUAUGAAUAGGUUUUAGCAUGUUUGCUUUUAUGCCGAAAUAGGGUCGUAAAUUU